CCAGCACUUUAUCAAAAAUAAAUAAUUAACUACAAUCAUCUCUGGUAUAUAAUUGUGCCCACAUUAUCACUUUUAUUAUUAAACUUACAUGCACCUGGCAGCAAUUUCAGGUCCCAGCUCAAAAUGAAUAAAAAAAUAUUGUUCAAGAAGACAAACAUUCCUUUUAACAGCUAUGAAUAUUUGCUCACUGUUCUGUUUGUAAUAUCCCUAUGUAUUUGUACUGUUUUAUUAACAUUUCUGUGGCUGUUCAACAAGACGACUGAACAAGGAGCAAAAUGCCAUGAAACAGAGGGAAUAUUUACAAUAAAGUCAGGAGCACUAUUUACCCCAGCUUUGCAAAAUAAGUCAUCAGGAGCCUUCAAAGUUCUUGCCUUUGAUGUUCAGCAAAUGAUGGAUGAUAUACUAUAUUCAAGUCAACUUCAAAAUGAAUAUAAGGGAAGUAAAGUUAUGCAGUUCAGAAAUGGUAGCGUAAUUGUACUGUUCAAACUUUUCUUUGUACGAUGGGUGUCUAAAGUAAAGAUAAAGAAUGAAUUGGUCUAUGGCAUCAAAGCAAAUAAAAGUGAACUUUUACAGACUCUUACUAUUGACGUGAAGAGCAUAGAAAUAACAGAUUUUGGAUUAUUUAGUACAAGCAGGCCUUUCAUAACACCUGGUUUGGGAAUAUCUAGUACAAGCAGUCCUUCGACAACACCUGGGAAAUGUUUGCCUUCAGAUGAACUUUGUGCUGAUGGAAUAAGCUGCAUCAAAAAGGAAUUAAUUUGUGAUGGGAAACCAAACUGCCCAGAUGGCUCUGAUGAGUAUGAACAAAAAUGUGCUACGCCCUGUGAUGGAAAAUUCAUUCUAGUUGGCUUGUCUGGAUCUUUCCAUUCUAUUCAUUAUCCAGAACCCUAUAGCUCAAAUCUUGUUUGUCGAUGGAUAAUAAAUAUGGAGAACCACCUAUCUAUUAAGAUAAACUUCACUGCUUUUAAGACACAAAAUUAUGUAGAUACCCUAAAUAUUUAUGAAGGUGUAGGCCCAACAAAGAUAUUAAGAGCUUCCAUCUGGGGUUCUAAUCCUGGAACACAAUAUAUUUUUUCUGACAAAGCCACUGUAGAAUUUGUCACAGACUAUUCUGAAAACUUUAAUGGUUUUAAUGCAACCUACACUGCACUUAAUACAAGUGAGCUAACCAACAAUGAAAAAAUCAACUGUACUUUUGAAGAUGGAUUUUGUUACUGGAUUCAAGAUCUAGAAGAUGACAGUGAAUGGGAGAGAAUUUAUGGCCCUACCUUUCCUCCUACAUCUGGCCCAGAUUUUGAUCAUACCUUUGGCAAUUCAUCAGGCUACUAUAUUUCAACACCAACACUUCGUGUAAGCAUACCUCUGAGAGUUCAACUAUUUAGCUUACCCUUAGACUCCAUUUCAGAUGCAUUCUGCCUAAGUUUCUGGUAUCACAUGCAUGGUAUUCGUGUAUAUCGUCUAAGUAUUAAAAUUAUAUAUGAUGAUAACAGUGAAAAUAUAAUCUACCAGAAAGAAGGAAAUUAUGGAAAUAACUGGAUUUAUGGACAAAUAACAUUAAAUGAAACAUCUAAAUUCAAAGUUGCUUUUGAUGCCAUUAAAAAACCAGGUUGGGAUAAUAUUGCCAUAGAUGAUAUAGGACUUUCAAACGGAGUCUGCACUGAAAAUGCUUAUCCAGAACCCACUUUGGUUCCCACAACACUUCUGCUACCAACUGACUGUGGAGGUCCGUAUGAUUUGUGGGAACCAAAUAGUACAUUUACUUCAAUGAACUAUCCAAACAACUAUCCCAAUAGAGCCUCUUGCAUAUGGUAUUUGAAUGCAGAAAAAGGAAAAAAUAUUCAACUUCAUUUCCAGUAUCUUGAUUUGGAGAAUACUUAUGAUGUUGUAGAAAUCAGAGAUGGCAAAGGAGCUGAGUCUUUAUUUUUGGCUGUAUAUACUGGAAAAUCCCCAGUGCCAGAUAUAUUCUCUACAACUCACCAAAUGACUGUGCUCUUCAGUACAGACAAAUCUGGAACCAGAAAAGGAUUUGUAGCCAAUUUUACUACAGGUUACCAUCUAGGCAUGCCAGCUCCAUGUGGACUCAAUUAUUAUCAAUGUGGAAGUGGAGAAUGUAUACCCCAGGUUCACAUUUGUGACCAAUCUCAGCACUGUAAAGAUAAUUCCGAUGAAGCAGAUUGUGUGCGCUUGAUCAAUGGUUCUCUCAGCUCCAGUGGGUUAGUCCAAUUCAAAAUGGAGAAUAAAUGGUAUAUAGCUUGUGCUGAUAAGUGGACUGAAGAAUCAUCAACCAGUAUCUGCAACUUGUUGGGAUUAGGAAGUGAGAACAAAUCAUCCCCUGUCUUGUUUGCUGGGGAAGGUCCGUUUGUAGAAAUUACAAAAACAGCUAACAGCAACUUCAUACUAACACCAAGGGUACAGUGUUUCAAUAAUUUGGUGAUUCAUUUGCAAUGCAGUGGUAAAUCUUGUGGGAAAAGAAUGAUUACCCAGAAGCACAAACCAAAAAUUGUUGGUGGUUCUGACGCCCAAGAAGGUGCUUGGCCUUGGAUGGUCUUGCUAUAUUUCAAUUCCAUGCCAACCUGUGGAGCUUCUCUUGUCAACAAUGAAUGGCUAGUCUCAGCUGCACAUUGUGUAUAUGGGAGGAAUUUAAAAACAUCUCAGUGGAAAGCAGUUCUUGGACUGCAUACGAAUCUCAAUUUAUCAUAUCCUCAAACAAUCACCCAAGAGAUUGAUCAGAUUAUCAUCAAUCCCCAUUAUAAUAAGCGAACAAAAGACAGUGACAUUGCUUUGAUGCAUCUCCAAUUUAGAGUGAAUUACACAGAUUAUAUUCAGCCCAUUUGCUUCCCAGAAAAAAAUAAACAAUUUUUGCCAGGAAUUAAAUGCUCUAUUGCUGGCUGGGGAAGAACCACACAUCAAGGUUCAGUCGCAAGUGUAUUGCAAGAAGCAGAAGUUCCUCUUAUAACACUUCAGAAAUGCAAGCAACUGAUGCCAGAGUACAAUAUUACUGAAAACAUGAUAUGUGCUGGGUAUGACGAAGGAGGAAUUGAUUCCUGUCAGGGAGAUUCUGGUGGGCCUCUUAUGUGUCAAGAGAAUAAAAACUGGUUUCUGGCUGGUGUAACAUCCUUUGGCUACAAGUGUGCACUGCCACAUCGUCCUGGAAUUUAUGUGGAUGUUUUGAAAUUUGUGGACUGGAUAAAAUAUAACAUUAAUUAUUAUAAUUAAAAAAACUAGAAAUAUUGGAGGACUCAAAAGGAAGGGAUGUGAGUGUAGUGUCCAUACUAUAACAUUUGAUAUACCAGGCAAAAAUUAAUUCAAAUUAUGUUCAAGUUUGUCUUUGAAGUGAACUGAACAAGUUCUUGAAGUUUCACUAACUGACAAUUACACAGCACUUCAACAUUUUUCUUCAACCUAUUCUCUUAAGGCCUGAAUAGGAAAAGGGAAGAUGAUCUAGGAUAAAAUAAUGAUUGGUUGAAAUUACAACCCUCAGUAGAAUUGUGCCUUUAAAACUUACUGAGAAGAGCAGACUUCAUAAGCUUUCCAAGACAGAAGACACCAUGAAUGAAACUCUUAUGGCUUUCAAGGUGCAGAGUCCUCUGGAGAUGGGUGGCCAAUAAAUUUAAAUAAAAUAAUAAUAAAAAUA